AUGCCUGAAAACACUAUGAUAGAAUUUUUAGAAAUUGAGAACGAUGAAAACUCUUCAAAGCAACGAAUCGCUAGCCUUAUAAAUAAAUGUGAUGGAAACUUUACAAUGAACAUAAACAAGAGCGAAUUAAAAACAUUUCCAUUGAAACCUCCGGAAAAUUCUUCAGAUAAUAAAGAACUUGUAAAAAAAGUUGCCAAAGAUAUUAACAUUGAAAAUGUUGAAGGCACGGAAAGGAUAAUAGAGAUGAACUUGGGAUUAGGCGUAUUCGAACAAAUAAAAGAACCUUUAAAGUACGAUAUUAUAAUGGAUCCGAAAGGGUCAACUUCUAAUACUUCGACAAAACCAAAAAUAAUAAUGGUUGAUAAUGAAACUAAAAAUGGAGCGGCAAUAAAUGAAUUACUUUUACCGCCAUUAGCAAGGCAAUUUGUAAUGUCAUUACUAUUCACACAACCAAUUAAUAAUCCUGUUAAUUUAACAAAAUCGGAUUUAAGGUUAUGGGUGAAAAAUGAAGAAGCUGCUUUAGCUAAAUUUGAUGAAGCGUUAGAGAAAUUAUCGAAAUUAAGUAUAAUGACAAUAGAUCAAUCUGGUUAUAUACAAAUGAAUUGUGAAUUUCGAGAACGUUUUCGAGAUUGUUUAACAGGAGGAGGAGAUCAUCAAAGUUUUGGAGUACCAUGUAAAAAACCAGCAAGCGAUAGGCCGGACAUAGCGUUUUUGGAUAGACAUGCAAUGAAACAAUGGGAGGAAAUCUUACACUUUAUGGUGGGGACUGAAAGUAUGAGUCAGCCAAGCGCCGCUGUGCUUAAGGUUGUUACUAGGGCUAAAUUAAUGAAAGAGGGGAAAGACAGACUUAUGAUUACGAAUAAAGGAUUCCAAUUUUUAUUACAAGAUGUUAAUACUCAAGUAUGGGCGUUUUUAAUCCAAUAUUUAGAUAUUGCUGAUGAGCUGUUACAGAUGAACGUAGUGGAAGUAUUAAAUUUCUUUUUUAUGUUGGGAAGUUUAGAAUUAGGGAUGGAUUAUUCGGUUAAAGGGUUAACAGAUACUCAAAAACAAUUACUCGAUGAUUUAGCUAAUUUCGGCCUUGCAUACCGUAGAAAGAAAGGGUCAUCAAGAUAUUAUCCAACCAGACUUGCAACUACGUUAACAUCCGGUAAUUCGGCCGUGGUAUCAUCAGCUGUAACUUCUAGUGCUAGUACAACGACUGGUGAAGACGGAGCCACGGAACAAGGAUUUAUUAUUGUUGAAACCAAUUAUAAACUUUACGCGUAUACAGAAUCCAAAUUACAAAUUUCAGUGCUAAGACUAUUUUGUGAACUUCAAACUAGAUUUGCAAAUAUGGUAUAUGCAUUGAUUACUCGUGACAGUGUCAGAAAGGCAUUAAAGCAUGGCAUCACCGCAAAUCAGAUAAUUUCAUAUUUAUCCAGUCAUGCACACCCACAGAUGAAGAAACGAAUACCUUUAUUACCGCCAACAGUCGUGGAUCAAAUACGAUUAUGGGAAAUAGAGCGUAAUCGUUUAGAAGCGACUGAAGGUUAUUUAUACAAAGAAUUUCGAAAUCAAGGAGAUUAUGAGAUGGUAUUGAAAUACGCAACAAAUCAUGGAUUUGUAAUUUGGUCUAACGAAAGGAAACGGAUGUUUAGUGUGACGGAGGAAGGACAUGAGCACGUUAGAACUAGCCUGAUAAAUGGAUAUGAUGAAAACUUUACAAAGAACAUAAAAAAGAGCGAAUUAAAAACAUUUUCCAUUGAAACUUCCAGAAAUUUGUUAGUUUCAGAUAAUAAAGAACUUGUAAAAAAAAGUUGCAAUAUUGAAAAUGUUGAAGAACCUGUAAUUAAGCGUAUUCGAACAAAUAAAAGAGCGGAUCCAAAAGGGUCAACUUUUAAUAAUUCAACAAAACAAAAUUAA